AGAGCCCUUUUUUCCCAGUCCCGCCGCAGAACAGUUCCCCCUUCUCUCCCUCAGAGUUGCCGAAAUGUCGGGAGUGACGGCGACAAAGAAGGAGUCGGAACUGUCCGGCCAGAUUGAGGACUUCGUGGCGCUGCUGAAGCGGGGCGGGGAGCGGCCGCGCUCGGAGGAGGCUGCCCGGCAAACUGUGGGGCUGCUGCGGAGGAUCGUGGCGCACGGGCGCUGGGACAAUGCGGGAGAGCUGAUGGAUUUGAUUCGUAAGGAAGGUCAAAGAAUGACUGCAGCACAGCCAUCUGAGACCACUGUGGGCAACAUGGUGAGACGAGUGCUGAAGAUAAUUCGUGAGGAGUAUGGCAGGCUUCGAGGACGCAGUGAGGAGAGUGACCAGCAGGAGUCACUGCACAAACUUCUGACCUCAGGAGGUCUCAAUGAGGACUUCAACACCCAUUAUAGCCCACUCAGGGCCAAUGUAAUUGAAGCUAUUAGUGAGCUGUUAAUUGAAUUAGAGGGUACAACUGAUAACAUUGCUAUGCAGGCACUAGAGCACAUCCACUCCAAUGAGGUGAUAAUGACCAUUGGCUAUUCACACACAGUGGAGGCAUUCCUGAAGGAGGCUGCACGCAAGAGGAAAUUCCAUGUCAUUGUGGCUGAAUGUGCCCCUUUCUGCCAGGGUCAUGAAAUGGCUGUCUGUUUGGCCAAAGAAGAUAUAGAAACCACAGUCAUGAGUGACGCAGCCAUCUUUGCUGUUAUGUCUCGAGUCAACAAGGUCAUUAUUGGGACAAAGACUAUCUUGGCCAAUGGUGCAUUGAUAGCUGUCAGUGGGACUCACACCUUAGCAUUAGCAGCAAAACACCACUCCACUCCUCUCAUUGUCUGUGCACCCAUGUUCAAGCUUACACCACAGUUUCUUAAUGAAGAAGAUUCAUUCCAUAAGUUUGUCUCACCACAGGAAGUAUUGCCUUUCACAGAAGGAGAGAUACUGUCUAAGGUCAAUGUUCAUUGCCCAGUCUUUGAUUAUGUUCCUCCUGAACUUAUCACUCUCUUCAUCUCAAACAUUGGAGGCAACGCUCCUUCCUACAUUUAUCGACUCAUGAGUGAGCUCUAUCACCCAGAUGAUCGUGAACUCUGAACUGUUAACUUAAUUUAUCACAUAAUAUAUGUAUACAUUGUUUUCCAUGAAAAAAGUAGAUAAAUAAACAUUUGGAAGC